AGAUGGUCCAGAAUGAAAACCGACGGUUAGUGCUGAAAACCAAUCAACUUAGACAUCGGGUGCGGGAGCUUGAGGUGCAAUUAGAGGAACAGCAAGAACAAAUAAUUGAGUCGGUGCAGAGAAAUUGGAUAAGAGAGGAAGAACAUAGUCGAUUGGUG